AUGAUCCGGGAGCUAGUUAAGUGGUCUCGCAACCCUCAAUCAAGGCGUGCGGUGGCCACGAAAUACCUGCAGCUGGUGCGUUCCGUUUUGCGGUUGGAGCCGCAUAUCCCCGAGGUGGUACCUCUGCGCUGCGCGGGGCUGCGGCGGAUGGCUUCUGCGUGUGCGGUCUUCGGGGCCCUGGCGCUGCUGCUGCUGCUGGGCGGCUGCGACUUGCUGGGGCUUAUGGCCACCAGCCAGGACUUCCUGGCGGCCUCCGCCUCUGGCGGCCUCCUGGGCUUGCUGGGCUUGUCCACCUUAGCGCAGUUCCUCCAGCAUUUGGUUUUGAUCAUCUUUCAGGUGGUGGUCGCAGCUUCCGCUCAGAUGCGGUACGAGGUCUACGGCCUUUUCGACCAUCGCUGUGGGUACUUGGUAGGUUCCAGUGAUUUGGACACUGCGUCCUGCCCCAACGCUUGGCACGUGCCGGUAGACGCCUUGGCCAUGGUGAUGCUCGUCUUCGGCUUCAUCAUGUGUUUUGUCCUGGUUUGGCUUCUGCCCUUCCGGCGCUUCGUUGAUGCGCCGGCCGCCCGCUGGACGGUGGUGCUCGUCCGCCGCGCACUGCGGCGCAGCUAUCUGACUGGCGAGAGAAAGGCGCCGCGCACGCCGGCGCCCCUUUGGCCGCUCUCUGCGCUGCUGGUGUCUCUGGGCGUGUGGCCGGAGCCAGUGGCAGAGCUGGAACAAAUCUCCGGGCGCCUCGAGUGGCUUUUGCCGCAAGAGAAGGAGGAGGAGGAGGCUCCAGGCGCCAGCUGGGACUUUGCGAGCUGGCGGUCUGGGGCGCUGGGUGUGGCACAGCUCUACGCGUUGUGCUGGGUGCCGUUACCAGGGAUUGGGCCGGUGAUGUGCAAGUUCGGCCUCUACCUCAACAGGCGUGUGAUCUUCGCCUUUAGUCGAGACGGUCCCUCGGAGGCGGAGCCCUCGGUGACCUUCGAGAGCACCAAGGCACGUGAGGAAGGAAGCCUUCGGCAGCUGGCGCUGCAGGACAUCGGCUCGCAGAGUUGGGGAUGCUGGCAACAGGGCUUCCGAGCAAAGGCGUACGAGCGGUUCCACUCCACCGUGAAGGUCCCUAUGGAUGCCUUUGUUCAGCUCGGUGAAACAUAG